AUGACUGAACCAGCAAGAAAAAAGCAGAAGACUGAUCGCGAUCCUCACCGUAUUGCGACCGAACGUGUAGCGGAACCCAAGAACACGCUAUAUGUGAGCCAGCUGAAUGAAAAGAUCAACACACAACGGCUGCGAAUGAACCUGUUCCUGCUGUUUUCCACAUUUGGAGAAGUGUUAAAAGUAAGCAUAAACUUCAAGAAACAGCGAGGCCAGGCCUUUAUUACAUUGAGGACCAUCGACCAGGCCAGUUUGGCUCAGAUUUCAUUGAACGACGAGUUGUUCUUUGGUAAACCUUUAAGAGUGGAAUUCAGCAAGAGUGAAACAAAGACGCUAUAA